AUUGUUGUAUCAACAACAAUUGCGCCAAUUUGAGCAUUUUUUAAUUUAAUAACAAUUGCAUUUUGAAAUAAAUAAAUAAAUAAAUACACAUUUCAUUAGCGAAUAAAUAAUAAACGUUUUUAGCUGAGAAACAAAACAAGUCAUUUAAUAAUAAUAGUUAUUUGAGUACAAAAUAUUAUAAUAUGCAAACAAUUGCGAAACGGAAGUGUUAAUAUAAAAAAAUGGUGCUAAACAUUAAUACAUUCUCUACAGCUAGAGAGAGUGUAGAAAAUACACAAUUCAUCAGCAAGGAUUUCGAGGAUAAAGAUUUUAAAGACGCUCCCUUAACGGCUAUCAGUACAGAUACCAUGAAAAUGUUGUCAAAUUUACUAAACAAUUUAAAGAUUCUACAUUCAGAUACUGGUUAUGAACGUGAUUGGCGUGGUUUGGCUACCUUAACAGAGCUGAGAAAUUUAUUUGAUUUUAAUAAUAUGGUUAGCAAUGAUCCCUUGAAGAAAGUCAUAGAAUUAUGGUGUGAAAAUAAACCAGAUGCAGCGACAUUUGGUAACUUAAUAACAUUCUUGGGUCUUAUUGAUCGUUGGCAUGUGAUCGAAGAUUUACAGGAGAAUUUCUUACAAGAUUUUCGUAAUUAUCAACAAUCAAAAGAACAACAACUAAUAAGUCCAACAUGUGAACAAACACCAAAUAAAAUAGUACAACUAUCCAACAAAACAAAUGAAAAUAGUACAUUAAAUAAAGUAGAAAAUGUAGUACAAAUACCAUUCUCAACUAAUGACAUCGAUUCAAUAAAUUCCGCUCUCUUAAUGGAGAAACCUGUAAGUGAGAGUGAAAGUUUUACUUAUGAAUCAGAAUCAAAAGUUUUAACCAGCAGUGAUGUUCAACGUUAUAAACAAGGUUUACCUUUGCUGAAAUAUGAUGCUUUUGUCUUAUAUGCAGACAUGGACUACGAUUAUGCUUUAGAGAUUUUGCAUAAGCUACAAAAUAAUCCAGUUUAUAAUUUUAAAUUUUGUUUAAAAGAUGAUCUACUUUUCGGCAUACCAUUUGAGCAUAUUGCACUAAUGGAAUUAAUACGAGAACGUUGUAAUUUUUUAAUAGCAAUCCUAACUAAAGAACUUACCAAAAGUCCAGAAAAUCGUUUCUUUGUUAAUUACGCCCAAGCUUUACAAAUAAAGCAUGAGAUACGUAAGGUAAUACCUCUGAUGUAUGAGGAAAAUGUUGAAGUACCCGCUAAUUUGGCCAUGUUCUCACGUAUGCGUUAUAAUCCCAAUCGUACUGAUUUGUAUUGGUCGAAAUUGGCUGAUUCUAUGCAACUAAUGCAUUUAUGUGAAGGAGUGACCACAUUUUCAGCAACUUUUCAAAAGAGUAUUGUUAGUGGUAGACCUCAACAAACUAGGAAUUUGCACACAGAAGCUCAAAAUUUUCAUAACAAUUUAACAGUCGCUCCUAUCGCCUGCUCAACCUCAAGUGUUAAAAAAGAAGUUAAAAAAAGAAGACCUGCAUUUAAACCAAAUAGGGUUAAGUUAAAAGAAGCAUCAUUUAAUAAUUUAAAUGAAUUAGAAAAUUAUUCCAUUGUUUCAAGUAGUUGUGGCAGUAAGGACUCUAGAGGUAUUUUAAGAAAAUUGUUUUGUUGUCGUUAAUAAAGAUUAAUUUUAAAAUGUU